AUGGAUGUCAUCUCUACCAAGGUCGAAAGUAGGACUGACAAAUUUGACGAGCGGCUGGACGCGGUGCGCGAAGACGUCUUCGCGCAGGAAUUGACCGCACAAACGCUGGGCUCCAGCAGCGGGCCAGUGCUUUCCCGGUUGACUCUCCCCGCGCCAUACUUGGUGAACAGCUUUCUGAUGAACAACGCCACAAAUCUGUUCAACCCCCUGUUUGGAGCGGAGGGCCCCCGACCUCUCCAGGUCAUCAAGUGCCAACCAAAACUUAGAAGCACGAAGAAAAGCGUUGGACCUGCCUACGAGUUCUACCAAGUGCAGGCACCUGACACGGCGUGCAACUUUCCGCCCCCAGUAGAGACUGUUGUGCAUCAUCACCACGUGGGUUCCUUUAAGUACUGGGCUUCGUUCAUAGCAGUCUACGUAAGCUUGUCUUUUUUACUCCUCUCUACCGUGAUUCUGGGGGUCCCUUUCGCUGCCGGUACUUUUUUGGAAAACCGCUGGAAAGCGAGUCCGCCGGAAGAGCCCUCCGCUCCGGAUCUGGAAGCGCCUGCGUCGGAACCACAAGCGGCACCCCAAGAGGCAGCGGGCGGGGAUCCGUUCGCGGAACCUGAUUAUGAAUCAGAAAUGGAAGCGGACGCGGAAGAGCGUGUGAAAAGUAUGGCCUCGCGUGAGCACGCCAGUAAUCUCAUCACAUCCUAUGAUAUGCUCUCCUUGAUCUUCAUCCUGGUGGCAACUGCCUUCACGACCUCCGCGGCAAUGAAGGAGAUGUUCCCAAAGACGACCAUUCAGCGCCUGGGGCCGGUUGCUUUGCCGGACCCCUCACAGGGCCUCAACCAGUUCCUAAAAGAGAUGGACGGAAGCUUAAGCUUGGAGCUGUGCAAAACGCCAAAGAUGAGCUUCUACGUGGGCUUUCCGGACAACUGCGAACGCUUGGGCGACCCGUACGGCGGCAUCGAGGCGCCCGCGAAAACCGGACCCUCGAAGUCGAAGCGGUUCCUCCUUGUGUGGCUGACAAAAUUGGGGUCCCUUCACCUGUACUUGGCAGCCUUUUGGGUCGUCAUUCUGAGCGUCGCGGGAAAUGUGGCGCUUGUUCUCCUCUUCCUCGGGACGUGCGAGGCCGACCAGCUGAAAGAAGUAGCCUCUGCUCUGCGUGUGGAGCUUAUAGAACGGAAGGGAGAAAUCGAGACUGAAAUGGGCAAACGUCCCAUUCGAAUAAGUGGUGAACUCUGUCAAUAA